GAUUCCACAGCAGACUUUGGAACGUCGACAGCCGCGAUGUCGUUUUCCGCUCAAGAUGUCGUUCGCAAAGCAGGUAUCAUGGAACGGUACCACAUACUACUCAGCCAGAUAGGCUUUGACUCCUGUGUUACCGUCUUGGGGGAGUAUGUCUCCGCGACUGGCUCUAGCCUGACGAAGGAGACCCUCUACCCGGCCCUACAUACCAUCAUACAAAAGCACGGUGCGCUGGGCAUGCAGGUCCUCCCCGGGGCUACAAUCAAAGCCGUCCCGAAAUUUGUACGCCUGCACGAAAUUGACCUCGACGUUGUGGUGGAGUUCCUCCAGGACGACUCGGCUUCGAAAGACGAGCUGCUGCGCUCGCAGCUUGAGCGUCCGUUCGCCCUUGGAACGACUGCGCCGUUAUGGCGCCUAACGGUCGUUAAUGGCCGUGUCCUCGUGCUCGCAUAUCACCAUAGCAUCGCCGACGGCCAGAGCGGUCCUGCUGUGCACGCUGCGCUGUGGUCCGCACUCAAUAGCGUAAGCGCCGGCGAAGAAGGCUGCGGCAGCAAGGUCGCUGUCCCUGCGGAUUCCUCCAUGGUGGGCCCCGUCGAGGCGUACACGAAGAUCUCGGUCUCCCCUUCGAGCUUCGCACAGAUGCUCCACGCACUGUUCGCCCCGAAGAAGCUGCAAGCUGGCUCGAAAGCAUGGACGGGCAACCCGGUACCGAAGACCCCUAUGCUCGAUAUAACCGUACGGUGCUGGGAGAUAACCGCAGGACAGACUGCAGAAAUUUUGAAGCGCUGUCGCGAGCACAAGACAACGCUCACUCCAUUUCUGCAUAUACUCGUCGCAGGCGUGCUUUCUCGGCUCCUAGUCGAGCGUAAGCUCACCAAGAAGCUCAAGACCAUCGCUGCCGAAGCGCCCGUUUCGCUGCGCCGCUUCACGGGCGUAUCCCCCUUCGAGCUGUGCGACCAAGUCUCGCUGGCGCACCAGUUCCUCCGCAUUGCUCCGAUCGAAAACGACAAACCCUUUCCGUGGGACACUGUGCACAAGCUCGGCGAGGAUCUGCACGGAAGCAUGCGGAGAACGCGGGAACUUGUCGGCAUGCUGCGCAUUCUUUUGCGCCUUGGGAUCGCCGACACCUAUUUCACGGACAUGCUGGGCAAGAAGCGAGGCAGUGGCUUGGUCCAGUCUAAUCUUGGGAGGUUCCCUAUGGGCGAGGCCCAGAAGGCGGAUGACGCUAAGUGGAGAUUGGAGAAGGUAUAUUUUGCGCAGAGUGCUGUCGUGGAGGGGCCUGCGAUGAAGGUCAACGUGAUUGGUUCGCCGGAAGGAUCGACGAAUAUCACGUUUGCGUGGGGAAAGGGUGCGAUGGACGACGACUUGGCAGAGGCUUUUAUCAAGGAGAUGAAGGCUACACUUGAUAUAGUUCUCCUCCAGUAGCUGUCAAAUUGACUGAAAUAUAUUUGGGAGUCUCACUAAUAGUCACUGCCCCAAACGCAGACCUCCAAGUUUAGAUGCGUUGGCUCGGCGCAUUAAACUGCAAGUAUCCGAUUCGCUAUGUUAGACAUCAAGUCCUUGCAUCGCACGCUCGAGCUCCUCCUCCGUCCACGCCUCAAUUUGAUUGUCCGUAGCAGGGCCUACCACGCUCGAGCUCUCCUAGAUGCGGUGGCCAAACUCUGGCUCGAGCUGCUGGCACAAGUCAGAGCGAGGCAGGCGGUGCGUAUCCAUAAACGGGCAUAGCGCGUCGUACACCGCAUUGACCGCACGGUCUCCAAUUUAAGCGCUACAAACGCAACGACGUGAGUGGAUAGUACGGUCGAGG